AUGAGAGAUGCUGUGUGCUGCGUUGACCACCUCCACUGCUGUCCUCAGGGGACCACGUGCGACUUGGCCCACUCGAAGUGCACCCUGACCCCCCGGUGGUCGUGGCCGGUCACCCGCUUCCUUACAGACCUCCAAAAAGCUCCCGAGGUACAGUGUGAUGCGCUUCACAAAUGCCCCACCGGCCACACCUGCUGCCGGAAGUCGUCCAGCGACUGGGGGUGCUGCCCCCUGGAGGAGGCAGUGUGCUGCUCAGAUCACAUCCACUGCUGCCCAAAGGGUUUCACCUGUGAUCUGGCAGAGGGGACCUGUCUGAAGGGCACGGACAGCAUUCCCUGGCUGGCAAAAUCCUCUGCGAGCAUCACCGCUGUCGUAGCAGCCUCUGCGGGCUCGGUGGUGCCGUGCGAUCCCCACACUGCCUGCCCAGAUGGGCAGACCUGUUGUCGCCUGCCGACGGGGGCCUGGGGCUGCUGCCCACUGCCACAGGCGGUGUGCUGUCCGGAUCAUCUCCAUUGCUGCCCCACCGGCUUCCGUUGUGGCCAAGCGGGCUCCUGCACGCAGGACGGCCGGAGCAUCCCUUGGCUGGAGAAAAGGCCCGCCAUUGUCCGCAGUGACUCUUCGAGCAGGGAUGUCAGGUGUGACGACCAGGUCAGCUGUCCCGAUGGACACACUUGCUGCCGGCUCGCCUCGGGUGCCUGGGGGUGCUGCCCUUUACCCCAGGCGGUGUGCUGUCCGGAUCAUCUCCAUUGCUGCCCCACCGGCUUCCGUUGUGGCCAAGGUGGCACCUGUACGAAGGACCACGAGAGCAUCCCUUGGCUGGAGAAAAGACCUGCCAUUGUCCGCAGUGACUCUUCCAGCAGGGAUGUCCGGUGUGAUGACCAGGUCAGCUGUCCUGAUGGGGACACUUGCUGCCGGCUGGCCUCGGGUGAUUGGGGCUGCUGCCCUUUCCCCCAGGCGGAGUGCUGUCCGGAUCAUGUCCACUGCUGCCCCACCGGCUUCCGUUGUGGCUCAGCUGGCACUUGCGAGAUGAACCAAAACAUCGUCAUCCCGUGGCUGGAGAAAAGGCCUGCGGUUUUGAGCGUCGCCUCUUCGAGGAGGGAUGUCCGGUGUGACGACAAAAUGCAGUGCUCUGACGGGCAGACCUGCUGCCGGACCAAGGCAGGGGGGUGGGCGUGCUGCCCCCUCCCUCAGGCCAUCUGUUGCUCUGACCAUUUGCACUGCUGCCCCAGUGGCCACACCUGUGAUGUGCAGAAUGGCACCUGCGUCCCAAGGAGCGCCCCGGCCUUACGGCUCCCGAUGACUGCGGCCCGGGCUAACUUGGUGAAAUGUUCUGAGCGAAAAUACUGUCUCGACGGGCAGACCUGCUGCCCAUCGAUUUCAGUGCAUUUUUUCUGCUGCAAUUUCUCACAGGGUGUUUGCUGUGAGGACCGCCAACACUGCUGCGCUCCGGGCUACACUUGCAACCUGAAAGCCCAGAGGUGUGAUCCGCCCCCCUUGUUUGCUGCCGAGGGGGUGCAGCUCUCUGCCUCGCUGAAUCCUUCGGGCGCGGUCACCUCCAGCCGCGACGUGCCCUGCGACGCUCAGCACUACUGCCACGAUGGCCAGACUUGCUGCCUGACCAGCUCAGGCGGAUGGGCGUGUUGCCCUUAUGACAAGGGAUCCUGUUGCUCCGACCGCCGUCACUGCUGCCCCUCUGGCUUCCGCUGCUCCCGCACGGGGUUGGACUGCCAGCGGAAAGGACCCCUCCGUUGGGACGCCUCCUCACGGUCCACACAAGCGCUCCCGUUGCUUUGAAGUGCCUUUUGGGGUAUGCUUACCCCAAGAUUGUGGCAGCAGUUUGCCGUGCGCCUCCAGGGAGACGCACGGGGCGUGGGAGCAAAUGCUGCGGAGAUCUUACCCAGGGGUCAGGGGAUUCCUGCUGUCCUGCACUGGCCUGUUUGGGGGGGGGGGGUCGGCGGCCACCUUUCCCCCAUAGGCAUUAUCUGUGGUCACAUGCCUGCUGCCGUGCCCAGCUCUUAAUUUUCUGCCCUGCCGAGUUUAUCGCCAGAAUCAAGACUGUCGAAUCAGGACCCUGGGAAUGUUGACGUGCUCCUGCCAGGCCCUUCGGUGGCCCCGGCCGUCUGCUUUGCUGCUCUGGGCCCCGGGUUGUUUUUAAACUUUUUUAAUGCACUCUUUAAAAAAAAAACCAAAUCAGUUUGGCACUGGGCUGGCGCCCGGGUGCCCGUGGGCGCGUUUCCUCCUGCUGAACUUGCUGUGUGUUCAUGUUCCCAGUGGAAAAAUCCACGACGUGAUUGAUUUAAAUAAUAAAAAGUGUCAGGCGUGACAGCGAA